UGAGUCUAAGCCCAUGCCAUGAUCCUGAAACUUUGGUCCUUCGUUGGGUUGCUUGGUCUCAGUGCUGGAGACUGCCCAGAAGGCUAUGGUUACAAUUCUGAAACGCAGACGUGUUUUCAGUGUGAAGCCGGUACGUACAUGAGUUACGUGAACACCACGGAAGAUUUGACUUUUUCAGUGGGAUGUCGCCCUUGCCCCGCUGGUGAAUUUAGUGCGGCUGCUGCUUCUGAAUGUUCCACCUGCCCAGCUGGAAGACAUAGCUGGGCACAAUCAGCAGCCUGUACUUAUUGCGAAGCUGGAAAAUAUAGCCCAGCCGGAGUCAGGGAUUGUAUUCUGUGUCCCCCUGGACUGUUUUCCUCCAGCGCUGGCUUUUCAGAAUGUUUGAAGUGCCCUGCUGGCACCUACAGCAGCAGCUACACUGGGGCAACCAGCUGCACCGAUUGUCCUGUUGGUUAUUGGAGCGAAACUGGCUCCAAACGUUGCACAGCCUGCACUUUUGGCGAGUUUUUGGAUGAGAACAAGACUUGCAGCAUUUGCCCAGCUGGGACUUUCAGCAUCCAAGGUGCCACAAGUUGCACUUCAUGCUCGCCUGGCUCUCGCAGUGAUGCUGGUGCAAAGGAAUGCAUCCAGUGCUCUCCCGGACGUUACGUCACCGAUGCGGCCGGCAUGUGCCACGACUGCCCCGGUGGUCGUUUCAGCGCAUUGGCUUCAACAGGCUGCGAGAUUUGUCUCUUUGGCCAUGUGAGCCUAGCUGUGUCGGAGAGCUGUAUUCCCUGCCCUUCCGGGCGAUUUGUGGUUGAUCCUGCAGCGCCUUGUGGGAUUUGUGAUGCAGGGACAUUCAGCGCUGGAAGAUCUGACAAUUGCACUUCCUGUGAAGCUGGGACAUUCAGCGAUGCGGGCUCCGAGGUGUGCGAAAGUUGCAGUGCUGGCAAGUACAGCAGCGAUGCUGCGGAGUCAUGCACAGACUGCCCUGCUGGUUCAUACAGUGGGGUGGGUGCGGCUGCUUGUCAAACUUGUCCUUCUGGGUCCCGCAGUGCCGCCGGUGCUGAGAAGUGUACAAAGUGUGAUGCUGGAAGAUAUGUGGUGCUCCCAAGCCACCCUAGCUGCACAAUAUGCCCGGCGGGCACCUCAAGCGCUCGAGGGUCAUCAGAAUGUAUACCAUGUCAGAGUGGAUUCAUCAGUCCAACAGGUGCCAGUGAAUGUGUCCAAUGUGACCCUGGCAAGUUUACAACUGAUGCUGUCCACUGCGAGGAUUGCCCUGCGGGAACCUGGAGUAGCUUUGCAUCUACCAGUUGCUCGCCUUGUGUCAAUGGCACCCAAAGCAAUGCCUCGGCAGGAGCCUGUGAGAUUUGCCCAGCAGGAACCAUUAUGGUGCAGCCAGAUCAAGCCUGUGAAAUAUGUCCUGCUGGCAGAUAUGCCAAUGCAGGUGCUGUUGUUUGUGAAAUUUGUGAAGCUGGCCAAUACAGCAACGAAUCAUCCGACCGCUGCACUGACUGCCCUCCAGGGAAAUUUAGCGGUGUCUCAUCAUCUAUGUGCAUAGAUUGUCCAAGCGGCAGAUACAGCCUAAAGAGGUCAGUCCUCUGUGCACCCUGCCCAGCUGGUACUAUCAGUGGCAUCAGCUCAGGGAAGUGCGCAACUUGCCCUGCUGGAACGUUCAGUGGGGUCGCAGAGGAAAAUUGCACCGAAUGUCCAUCUGGGACAUUCAUCCUAAGCCCUGAUCAGACAUGCGAGCGCUGUCCAGCUGGUCGAUUCAGUGGAAUUGCGGCCACCGCGUGUAGGUCCUGCCUUCCGGGAAGGUACAUCACAGACCCAGCCUCCAACUGUGAAGAAUGUCCGCAUGGCACGUUCAGUGGAGUUGAAGCAACCUCCUGUAUUCCUUGCCAAAGUGGUCAAUACAGUCCACCUGCCUCAGCCUUCUGCACGGAUGGCCCAGAGGGAACGUUCUCGGAGCAGCCAAAUGAUACAUGUUCUGACUGCGAAGAUGGUCAGUGGAGCACCGUGGGAUCCUCUAUGUGCAUUGAUUGUCAACCUGGACGCUUUCGGGGCAACACGUCGACUGGUUGUUCCAGUUGCCCUCCAGGAACUAUAAGUGGACAGGCGGCAAUCGAGUGCGAAGAAUGUCCUCCAGGGCGGUUCAGCAGAGAUACUUCAUCUGCUUGCGAAGUUUGCCCUGCUGGACAGUUCAGCGAAGAAGGGUCAGGUGCAUGUCAUGUUUGUCCUCCAGGAAGUUUCAGUGUAGUUGAAUCACGGCAGUGCAGCAUAUGUCCCUCCGGCACCAAGAGCAAAGCCCAAGCGGGGAGCUGCACGCAAUGCCCACAGGGAAAGGUCAGCGCUGCCAAUUCCAGCCGUUGCCAUAGCUGUCGUCAGGGAAGGUAUGCACCAAGCCCAGACGGAUCUUGUAUGGAAUGUCCAGCUGGCACCUGGAGCACGGCAAAAUCUUCCAGUUGCACUGAGUGUCCAACAGGGCGCUGGAGUCACGAUGGCUGGCGGGA